AUCUAAGGUUGGACUUUAUCUUUGCAAGAAAUUCCCUGCAACGCGACCCAGUGUCACUACGCUGCGCCCUACCCAAAGCAACCACACAUCCUCAAAUAGAAGCAGAGUUAGAAAGUUCGUUACAGCCACCCAUUAGUUGUUGGUACUGAAUUAGCGAGGUUGUUCGGUUUCUGCGUUGGACAAGCCUACACCAAACCCUUUGAUUUAUUCGUGCGGUCUUCUUUCACAACCUCGCUGUAACGGUACGAGAUUACAUCGUUCAUGUUACAUACUUAACACCAUUGUUUUUCAAUAUUUAUUUACCGUAUGCAUAUUUAUCGUUGCAACAUUCUCUUUCCUCUUUUCUGAUUUCUCAAGAUCGUUAUAUAAGCUUGGGCACAGAACUAGUUUCUUAUAAAAUAAAAUAAAAAGUUACAUAGAUACAUAGAGGGAGAGAGAUACAGAGAGAGGGACAUUAGAUCCCUGUUGUUAGUACCAUAUCCAAUCAAGGUCCCUUGCAUGAACAUGGGGUUGUCUUUCUGAACAACCCCAUCAUUACGUUUAGGGGGGAUUUCCUUGGAUUUGGAAUUUGCUUGCAUUGCAGGAUCUUAUAUUGGUAAAAGAAAGUUAAAAAAAAAUGGAGGGUGAGAAGAAGUAUAUGACAUCAGAGGAGUUGAAGGUGCAUAACAAACCAGGGGAUUUGUGGAUUUCGAUUCAGGGCAAGAUUUACAAUGUGUCAGAUUGGGCUAAGGAUCACCCUGGUGGUGAGGUUCCCUUGUUGAACCUUGCAGGGCAGGAUGUGACUGAUGCAUUCAUAGCCUACCACCCUGGCACUGCAUGGAAGUAUCUUGACAAAUUCUUCACCGGGUACCACCUCCAAGAUUUCAAGGUCUCAGAGGUGUCUAAGGAUUAUAGGAAGCUUGUGUCUGAGUUUGUCAAAAUGGGGCUUUUUGAGAACAAACAGCAUGUAACCUUGUACACUCUAACUUCUGUUGCGGUUAUGUUUGCUAUUGUUCUUUAUGGUGUCAUUGGAUGCACUAGUGUGUGGGCUCAUUUGGGUUCUGCCUUAUUGUUGGGCUUGCUUUGGAUGCAAAGCACCUAUGUGGGGCAUGACUCUGGCCACUACGAGGUCAUGUCUAGCCCUGGCUACAACAAAUUAGCACAAAUUCUUUGUGGGAAUUGCAUGACUGGGAUAAGCAUUGCAUGGUGGAAGUGGACUCACAAUGCACACCACAUUUCCUGCAACAGCCUCGACCAUGACCCCGAUCUGCAACACAUCCCAGUUUUCGCUGUUUCCACGCGUUUUUUCCACUCAAUGAGGUCUGUUUUCUAUGGUAGGAAACUGAAGUUUGAUUGCUUGUCGAGGUUUUUGGUGAGUUACCAGCACUGGACAUUCUACCCGGUUCUGUGCUUCGCCAGGCUCAAUUUGUACCUCCAGACUUUGUUGUUGUUGUUCUCUAGGCGCAGUGUCCCUGACAGAGCCUACAACAUCAUGGGAGUGCUUGUGUUUUGGACUUGGUUCCCUCUCCUCGUUUCAUGCCUACCCAAUUGGGGGGAGAGGAUCAUGUUUGUGUUGGCUAGUUUCGCUGCUUGCUCCAUUCAACACCUUCAAUUCUGCUUGAACCAUUUUGCUGCUGACACAUACGUUGGGCCACCAAAUGGGAACGAUUGGUUUGAGAAGCAAACAAGUGGGACAUUGGAUAUCUCUUGUUCCUCUUGGAUGGAUUGGUUCUUUGGGGGGUUGCAGUUUCAGCUUGAGCACCAUUUGUUCCCAAGGCUUCCAAGGGCCCAAUUGAGGAAAGUUUCACCUUUGGUGAUUGACCUGUGCAAGAAGCACAAUUUGCCUUACAGAAGUUUAACAUUUUUUGAGGCCAAUUUGUGGACUCUUAGGACGCUUAGAACCGCUGCACUGCAGGCCCGGGAUCUGACCAACCCUUCUUACCAGAAUUUGUUGUGGGAUGCUGUCAACACUCAUGGUUGAACAUCUCACGAAUUUUGAAGAUCUUCAUCAUCAAAGAUUCAAUUUUUCACACACCCUUUCCUUUAUAAUAUCAUUAUUAUUAUUAUUAUCUUCAUCUUGUUGUCGAUUUAUUAGCCCCUUUGUUUCUUGAUUGGGCAUCGAAUUCAAUUUCUCUGUUUUUUUGGUAUGGAAUAAAACUAUGAUCGCAGUUGUUUUUUUUAAUGGGAAAUUCUGAUCUGAUUCGGAGGUUAA